GCAACAAUAUUCCCGACAGUCUCCUUCUGCCGUCACAGUUCUCGAGAUGCUUUCUAAUGAGGGGAGACAUUAAAUAAAGUCUCAAUUGUCUUGUUCUCACCUUUUUGAUCAGCCCAUUUCUCCUCAUUAUACGUCUCUUAAAUCCUCCCUGCUCGCAGUCAUUUCUAAUAUGUCUUGUUUCAACUCAUGAUCCCAACAUCCCUGGUGCACAAAAAGCUUAAUUAGCUGUACUUAAUGAUCAGGACAGAAGAAUGUGCUGCAUAUACUUUGCCUUUUUAUUUUUUGGUCUGCAAUUUGUUGUGCUGCUUCUUGUUCUAUGGUGUUGACCUUUCACCAAUAAACAUAAAAUGUUGAUGUGCUCUCAUAAGAGAGGGAACCAUUAAACACCCCUUCUAUACCCUAAAUGGAGUAGAGAAGAUGAAUAACAUGACACACACACACACACUUGUGAUCACAGUUGAACAAGGCACCCUAUUUGUGAAACAAUUAGAAACACUACAGGGCACCAGCACAUUUUUUAUGUAAACUAUAUCAUGAGACCAACAUUAUUCUGAUGCCUCCCCUCCCUGACUCAGAGAGAGAGAGCGAGAGCGAGAGAGAGACAGUGCACUAUUAUAUGUUUUGUUCUGAAACAACAAUACUUCCCCUUAUCCACAGUGUUUGAGGCCUCCCAGCAUCACCCUCUCUCCAAAAGCUCCCAGGCAAGCUCAGCUUCACGACACACCUGACAAUAAUGAGCCGUGUGGAGGGUCUGAGGGCCAACUCGUCUCAGUUCACUCUGGAGGGAGAACCCUUCCGCAUCCUGGGGGGCUCCAUCCAUUACUUCCGUGUCCCCAGAGCCUACUGGGAGGACCGGCUGCUGAAGAUGAAGGCCUGUGGCCUCAACACUCUCACCACAUAUGUGCCAUGGAAUCUGCAUGAGCCUGAGAGAGGAGCAUUCAACUUUCAGGAUCAGUUGGACCUCAAGGCCUACGUCGGUUUAGCAGCAGAGAUGGGUCUGUGGGUGAUCCUGCGUCCUGGACCGUACAUCUGCGCUGAAUGGGACUUGGGCGGGUUGCCCAGCUGGUUGUUACAAGACAAAGGCAUGCAGUUGAGGACAACGUAUCCUGGAUUUGUAGAUGCUGUCAACCUGUACUUUGACGAGCUUGUGCCAGUUAUCAAACCUCUGAUGUUUGAAGAGGGAGGCCCGAUCAUCGCAGUUCAAGUUGAGAACGAGUACGGUUCAUAUGCCAGAGAUGAGAAAUACAUGCCAUUCAUACAGAAUUGUCUCCGGUCCCGAGGGAUCACGGAGCUCCUGCUGACUUCAGACAACUGGGAGGGCCUGAGAUAUGCUGGGAUGGAGGGAGUUCUAAAAACAAUAAACCUUCAGAGACUGUCAUUUGGAGCCAUCCAUCACUUAGCUGACCUGCAGCCCCAGAAACCUUUAAUGGUGAUGGAGUAUUGGUCGGGGUGGUUUGACGUCUGGGGGGAACACCACCACGUUUUCCACGCUCACGAUAUGCUAGCUGUUGUGUCGGAGAUCCUGACAAGAGGUGUCUCCAUUAAUCUGUACAUGUUUCAUGGGGGAACCAGCUUCGACUUCAUGAAUGGAGCAAUGGACUUUGGCACCUACAAACCUCAGGUCACCAGUUAUGGUAAAGGUUACAAUUACCCGAGAGCUCAGACACCAAAGAACAAAGGAUGUUUCUUUAUACGAUUCCCCUUAACAAAUGCAUUGCUUCUUCCUGUUUUUAUAAACGUUUCCUAUGCAGAUUACGACGCUCCGCUGUCUGAGGCUGGAGAUUGCACCACAAAAUAUCAACUCUUGAGGAAUUUACUCAGCCAGUACCACUGUAAUGUCUUGCAGCCACGUGGAUUGUUUCCACUACUGAUUUUUUUUACGUGAAACUACAUACACCCAACAGUUAAUUUGAUGAUCGCAUUACCCAAAGUAAUCGAGUCUUCCAUAAUCAACAUUAAUGAAAUGUGUUUGCCAACUGGUGUUCCAGCUGAGCCUCUUCCUGGAGAGCCCACUCCUCAGGAGAGGAGAGCGUACGACCCUGUCGCCGUCCAGCAGCACCUGUCACUGUGGGACAGCCUGCACUUCACCGCCAAGCCGCACAGGUCAGAGAGGCCCGUGAACAUGGAGAACCUCCCUGUCAACAACAACAGCGGUCAGUCGUACGGUUACACACUGUAUGAAACCACCAUCACCAGUGGAGGAACCCUCAACUCCAGGAACAACAUCAGAGAUAGAGCACUGGUUUUUGUGGACAGACAAUUUGCCGGCUGUUUGGACUACAAGACUCAUGAGCUGGCUCUGCCUGAUGGAGCGGGAGCGAUGACGUUGAGCUUGCUUGUGGAGAACUGUGGAAGAGUGAAUUAUGGAAAAGCUCUUGAUGAACAGCGCAAAGGUAUUGUGGGAGACAUUCUGUUGAAUCACACCCCUCUGACAGGAUUUACCAUCUUCUGUUUAGAUAUGAAGCCAGGCUUUAUGAAAAGAUUAAUGAGUUCGGGUCAGUGGAAGUCUGACUUCAAGUCGCCAUCCAUUCCAGGAUUUUUCCAGGCCAGACUGUAUGUAGAUGGUCCUCCCAGAGACACCUUCAUCAGACUCCCUGGUUGGGGUAAAGGAGUCGUGUUUGUCAAUGGGCAGAACCUCGGACGCCAUUGGUGCAUUGGUCCCCAGCUUUUCCUUUAUCUUCCAGGACCUUGGCUCCGAAGUGGAGAGAAUCAGAUUAUCGUUUUCGAGGAACAAAAAGUGGACGACAAAAUACUGUUUGCUGAAAAUCCUGAUCAUGGAAGGACAAUCGAUGUCUACAAACUCCCCUUUUGCACACUGUUGUGAAGAUAAUGUACAGCAACAACAAAAACAGUUGUAUGUACACACAUUGGGGGGAUGUUUAUUGAUACCGGCAGAUACUGUUAUACUAUUUAAAGUUAUUAAUUCACUAAACAUGUUUUCAAUUGCCGUUGCGUGGUUAUUUUUUCUUUCAAAUGUUUAGUGAAAUAUUACAUGUUGCCAUUGAUUCUGUUUGCCUUAAAUUCAACAUUGCAACAACAUUG